CCCGCGCGCGGCGCGGUGGGGGCACUCGAGCCGUGAGCGCCGGACCGCCGAAUGCAUCGGUGAAUUUCGCGAAAAAUCCUGCUCGCGGUUGGAUUUGUCGCGCGGCGCGCUGUCGCGUCACUUGAUCGCGCGCGGCAGGAGGCAGCACCGCCGGACUCGGCGGACGCGACGCGACCUGGUGUCAUCGUGCGAGUGCGCGGCCGAGGCUCGCGGUUAAUAACAUCGCGAGGCCUAUUGUGUUGUGACAGCGAUGCUUCGGUGGCGGGCCGAGUGAGCGGCGUGCGCGCGUGUGGGUGCGCGCGCGUCCCCUGAACGUGCAGGGACCAGUCGCGCGCGCGAGUGCGCGCGCGCCCCCCCGGCCGGGAGGAGAGGCUCCGCGAAAUGGCAACCUUGACACUUGCUGAUCUUUUUUGACGGCCUCGCCGCGCUCGAGAGCGGCUACGCAAGUGCAAGGUUAUCGACCCGAAUAGUAUUAAUAUCGGACAAAGAGGAACACGAUGUGGUGGUCCUUCCCUCGAGGUGUUGUCUCCCCUCGGAAGUGGCCGCGUGCCCGGGGUACAGGAAAUGUUUUGACGCUGCCCCAGUACCCGAGGACCCCUCGAGUUUGAAGACGCAAUUCGAGGUGUUAUGAAUCGAGGUGCGAUGCUCGCCUUCCCCUGGCGCUCUUUGUGCCAAUUCUUCCUUUAACACCGAGAACUUUCGCCGAGCGAUAUUCCAUUACACGACGUGAUCUCGAGGAGUCGGGACAAGGGGCGCAUGCUUCGUCCCUCGGCAUCCGGAGAGCUUUAAAGCUGGCUCGGAGCAACAGAUACGCCACGAGGAAAUAUAUAUCGACCGAGAUGCCAUCCCCUUCGACGAUUUAACGGAACAAAGUCUACUUGCCACCGCAUCCGGUGCUUACGUUUGGGCAGUCUUCGCGCCUACACUCGGCCGAGCGGAAAUCAAUAUUUCCUUUGGAGUGAAAAAAAAAAAAGAAAAAAGCGCACCUUCGCAAACAUCGGCUCAUAACCAAUAGCCGCGGACGCAAUAUCGGCCGGAUCGACCGGGACCGGCGAAGUUCUAGGCUUUCGCUCCCUGCUUUCAUCGGGAGCCCCUCCGAUCCGCCCUUGGCGAGGACGCCCUCGGUCCUUUAUUUCAGAACUAAUUAUAACGGCCCGAAGAGUCGGUGCAAAUACACGGGAACCUUUCCCGGCAGUCGUGCUAAGCCCUGCGAGCGGGACACUCGGCAUAGUCUCGCGCCAAGUGCAACGUGGACGAGGUCGGACCGACCGGGCGUCUUUGCGGGAACGAUCGAGCCGGAAGGAUAGCGGAGAAAGUUUCGCCGUUUACCCGGGCAAGGCAAAAGGUAAAGAUAUGCGAGUUACAAUUCUUCACGUGUAUGGGUUUGUAAAUGCGUAGCGACUCUUCAGGUGAUUUCGUUCGAUGGGACAUUUAAGGAUAUAUAUCGGAUGGGAACAGGUGUCGGUAGCUGCGCGUUGCUCCGGAGGAAACGUCCGUUCCUCUUCCCCGGGCUCGAAGACCGCCAUGAAAGUACCAGAUGCGGAGGAAGUAUUCUUUGUCCCGUUAAAUCCGGAGAAGAGGGUGGCAUCCUGGUCGAUAUAUUUCCUCGUGGCAUAUCUGUUGCUCCGGGACGGCUUUAAAGCGCGCUCGAUGUAAAGGAACGGAGCAUGCGCCCUUUGUCCCGCGGUUCGAGUUUAGCCCAGAAGCGCCGAAACGGUAUUAAGGAGAUCGAAACGAAGGUUGUCGCUCGUAGAAAGCGGUUACGAGUAAUUAUGGCGCAACUGGAAUCACAAAUACCAAUGUCUGUGCCAGACUUGAGCACGCUGCGCAUCACCACCGCAGUGUCAAUGCUCGGCAAGGCUUAUGGAUGUGGACAAUGUACUGCUCCUCCACCUGGACCUACAACGAGUACCGCCGUUGGGGCAGCAGGAGCUACUGGGAGCAGUGUCGUGACUCCCAGCUCCUUGGGACUCGUGCCGGCUCAACAAACACACACUCCCCCUCAGCCUCCGGAAUUACCGAUGUUUGCAUGUCCUCGGAGGCCAAACAUCGGACGCGAGGGUCGACCCAUAGGUUUGAGAGCAAACCAUUUCCAAAUUACUAUGCCCCGUGGCUAUGUACACCAUUAUGACAUCAACAUCCAACCGGAUAAAUGCCCUCGGAAAGUGAAUCGAGAAAUCAUCGAAACCAUGGUUCAUGCAUAUAGCAAAAUUUUUGGAACUCUUAAGCCUGUGUUUGAUGGUAGAAACAAUUUGUACACAAGGGACCCCUUGCCGAUCGGCAAUGAUAGAUUAGAAUUAGAGGUAAUAUUACCUGGUGAAGGUAAAGACAGAGUAUUCCGUGUAGUAAUCAAGUGGGUGGCACAAGUUUCGUUAUUCGCCUUGGAAGAGGCCCUUGAAGGACGUACAAGACAAAUCCCUUACGACGCAAUUCUUGCUUUGGAUGUUGUAAUGAGGCACUUACCAUCUAUGACGUACACACCUGUAGGCAGAUCGUUCUUUAGCACACCAGAUGGUUAUUAUCAUCCGUUGGGUGGUGGUCGUGAAGUGUGGUUUGGUUUCCAUCAAUCGGUGAGACCAUCUCAGUGGAAGAUGAUGUUGAAUAUCGAUGUAUCCGCUACCGCAUUUUACAAAGCACAGCCAGCUAUAGAAUUCAUGUGCGAAGUAUUAGACAUUCGAGACAUUAGUGAUCAAAGAAAACCCCUCACUGAUUCUCAAAGAGUCAAAUUCACCAAAGAAAUUAAGGGACUUAAAAUCGAGAUAACUCAUUGCGGUACGAUGAGGCGGAAAUACAGGGUUUGCAAUGUCACCCGUAAACCAUCUCAAAUGCAGUCAUUUCCCCUGCAACUAGAAAAUGGACAAACAGUGGAGUGCACAGUAGCCAAAUAUUUCUUAGAUAAAUACAAAAUGAAAUUGCGUUAUCCUCAUCUUCCGUGCCUGCAAGUUGGUCAAGAGCAUAAACAUACUUACUUGCCACUCGAGGUUUGCAAUAUUGUCGCGGGACAGCGAUGUAUAAAAAAGUUGACCGACAUGCAGACUUCAACGAUGAUUAAAGCUACAGCACGCUCCGCGCCUGACCGUGAACGCGAAAUCAACAAUCUGGUCAGACGAGCCGAUUUUAAUAAUGAUUCGUACGUGCAAGAGUUCGGACUCACAAUUUCAAACACCAUGAUGGAAGUCAGGGGUAGAAUACUGCCUCCGCCCAAGCUGCAGUACGGAGGGCGCGUAAGUUCCCUCAGUGGACAGACAAAGCAACAAGCAAUGCCCAAUCAAGGAGUUUGGGAUAUGCGUGGUAAACAGUUCUUCACCGGCGUGGAAAUAAGGGUCUGGGCGAUAGCAUGCUUCGCUCCUCAGAGAACAGUUCGCGAAGACGCGUUGCGAAUGUUCACAACGCAAUUACAAAAAAUUAGUAACGAUGCCGGUAUGCCGAUCAUCGGCCAGCCGUGUUUCUGUAAAUAUGCCACUGGACCUGAUCAAGUUGAGCCGAUGUUCCGGUAUCUUAAGUCAACCUUCCCGGCUCUACAGCUGGUAUGCGUCGUAUUACCUGGGAAAACACCAGUCUAUGCCGAAGUGAAGAGGGUCGGUGAUACUUUGUUGGGCAUGGCAACGCAGUGUGUUCAAGCGAAGAAUGUGAACAAGACGUCGCCGCAAACUUUAUCGAAUCUGUGCCUAAAAAUUAACGUAAAGUUGGGCGGAAUCAAUAGCAUUCUGGUGCCGAGCAUUAGGCCCAAGGUCUUCAGCGAGCCUGUCAUAUUCCUGGGCGCCGACGUGACGCAUCCUCCUGCUGGUGACAAUAAGAAACCCAGCAUCGCUGCUGUGGUUGGCAGCAUGGAUGCCCAUCCGUCUCGCUAUGCAGCUACCGUUAGAGUACAACAGCACAGACAAGAGGUCAUUCAGGAGCUCAGUUCGAUGGUUAGGGAACUACUGGUGAUGUUUUAUAAGAGCACGGGAGGCUACAAGCCGCACAGGAUAAUUCUCUACCGCGACGGCGUCUCCGAGGGACAGUUUCUUCACGUUCUUCAGCACGAGCUUACGGCCAUUCGCGAGGCUUGUAUCAAGUUGGAGGCUGACUACAAGCCCGGAAUAACGUUCAUCGUGGUGCAGAAGAGGCACCACACUCGCUUGUUCUGCGCGGAAAAGAAGGAGCAGAGUGGGAAGAGCGGGAAUAUCCCGGCUGGGACGACGGUCGAUGUCUGCAUCACGCAUCCGACCGAGUUCGACUUUUACCUCUGCAGUCACCAGGGCAUUCAGGGAACGUCCAGACCGUCUCAUUAUCACGUACUGUGGGACGAUAAUCACUUUGAGAGCGACGAAUUGCAAUGCCUGACCUACCAGUUGUGUCAUACUUACGUAAGGUGCACCAGAUCUGUGAGCAUACCGGCACCGGCAUAUUACGCCCAUCUGGUCGCUUUCCGUGCCAGAUACCACCUGGUGGAAAAGGAACACGACAGUGGCGAAGGAUCUCAUCAAUCCGGAUGCAGCGAAGACAGGACGCCAGGCGCCAUGGCACGAGCCAUCACCGUUCACGCAGACACAAAACGAGUUAUGUACUUCGCGUAAUUCCUCGUGCCAAGGAGUUUGGUAGACUCUUGACUCUCCUGCGGUAUGAUCGAAUCAUGAAGCAGAAGGGGGGAUUUAGGCCACAGGAAGUGACAUCGGAGGGAUCUCCUUGGGUGGCCAAUUUUUUUUUUUUGUUUUCUCUCUUGGUUACUUUUAUAAUCAAUGUCAAUUAGCUCUCAAUACCUGACACGAGUGCCAAGUCCUAGGUCGGACUCCGCAUUUUGUUAGGCAAAAAGCACGUUCGACGCUUGGCACGCCUCGCCGAGCACUCGACGGGCUUUCGGAAAUCCGUAGAGCUUAGGUUUCAACAAAAGGUGCUUUUAGUUAAUCAUGUUCUUUAGAUUAGAUUAGGGCGCCUCGCGGCUCGACCGUCAAAACUGAACGAUUUUACACACCGGGGGUUCAGCUGCGGACGUGAAUUACGCUUAUUUUUCCCUUUUUUUUUUUUUUUUUUCCUUUUCCGAGGCUGGGUCCAUGCCUCAAGAGCAUUUUUAACCUUAGGAUGUUAAUUAAAAAACAUUGCCACCGUGAAAUCACCGCCACACCGAGAUAGAUCGACGCUUCCGGAGAUCGGCACGAGGUUUAGGGAGGAAAAAAAAAAAUUGGCCACCGCAAGUUAGGCGCCGUCGUCCCCUGGACGGAGGCAUUGACGGACAUUUUUUCUUUUCUCCGUUCGGUCGGACAUAAGAACUGUCCGUACUUGGUAGAGAUGUCGAGAACUCUUCGAGCCGAUGGCCAAAGUAAAGGGACUCUACGUGUCGGCCGUUAACGGCGCAUGCCUCACCCUGGGCAAAAUCCAAGGAAGUGGUUUGCUCUAAACGAGGGCACGCGGAUUCGGCGCAACUUGCGAAGACUUCUCGCGGGAUUUGACGUUUCAACGAUCGGCGAUCGCGGAGUCGCGAGAUACCCGAAUUCUGCUCCCUGCGAGCACUAUUGUGAUUUUGGCCACCCGAAUCUCGUCGGCCGGUUUCGGAGGAAGCUCGAGACGGUGGCCACGUUGCGAAGAUCCCGUUGAUAUGGCCCCAUCAAAUUGGCCGAUCUUCCGUUAAUAUCGCGUACCGUGCAAGGGUAACGCGCUCGAGGUAAUUUGUACAUUUUCGUUCGGUCGAUUCUUAUAUUCAAUGGUAAAUACGUCCGUAUCCCGGAUACGGAGUCUGAAAUACAUCUACGCUUACUCCAAAAAAAAAAAAGAAGAAGAAACUAGGGAAGAGGAAGAAUUAAUAACACUGCCUAAACCAGAGUGACGCGCGGCCCGCUCGACGUUCUCGCUACGUCGGAGCGUUAUCAGGGCCCGAACCAGGGUGAUAAGAUCCCCAGCAGAUCGGCCGGGCGUCAUUCUCGUUCGGACAAAAUGUGACACGUUAACGUUAAGAUUUUACGCCGUGUUCGAUUCAGGCCGGACGGUAAUGCCCCAUCAAUGCAACAAAGAAAAAAAAAAAAAGAAGAAGAAAAAGAUGAAGAAGAAUAAUGCAAAUUAAUUAGCUCUAGGACACGCGGAUGAUCCAAUAACGGGCGAGCUACGGCAGGAGGAUAUAAUAUGUGAAUAAGAUAGGAUUAUUAGGAUAUAAGGCGAUUCCGAUCAUUCAGUAGGCACGUAACGCGAACGCUCUUUAAGGUCCUCUAUAUUUUUACCGGCGGCAGCCUCGUCCGUUCGUGGGCAGACCUGCGCGAGAGAUGAAUACUAUUUCAAUAAUGUACAUUUUUUCGGAACAAUAAUCGACACAAUAAUCGCAAUUAAGGGCGCGGCUGUAAGCGAGGGGCAACUGGGUGGCGAGGAAAGAGUCGUACCAUUUAACCCGCUCACUGCCAGGGAAAUUUAGAGGCAGUCUUGGUACAUACGCUUACUGCGAGGUACAUAUCUCGUGGUUGGCAGUGAACGGGUUAAUCGUCUUCUAACCGGUCGUCUCGCAGACGAGAGAGAACGCUCGUUUUUACGCUUUUUCGGAGUCCUCGACGUAGCGUGUCUGGCAGCUGGGUUGAAAGUCGUCGAUCCUUGGAGGCCGCGUUGCGCUUUACUUAAGAACAAAUGAAAGUAUAUACCCGAUCUCGUGGUAGAUGAUCGUAAAGGGUCCGUGCAACAGCUUCCGAGUCAGUAUUAACGAAGAACAAGGACUGCCAUCCCUUUGCGCGAUCUGCUUUUAUCAUUAUUCCGAGCUAGGUCAAAAUGCGCGGAACGCUCUCUCGCGUUUCGCCUUAUCGAGUCCCACGUUUUAACUCUAAGUCUGACAAAAGAGAGAGAGAGAGAAAGGGAGAGUGGAGGAAUGUCGAUAGGAAUAAAAAUGUAAAAGGACCGAUUUUUAAGCAUUAGUUUUGCCUUUAACGGGGAGUGCCAGUCGCGCCAAGGGGUGUCACUUGACAUUUGUCACCAGCUGAUCGAGGGUAUAUAUAUAUGUAUAUGUAUCCGGGGUAUAUCGAGGAUUCCGACGUUAGGCUGUAUGGGACGGCGUACUGUUAAUAUUAUCACGGAAAGUAUAAAAAUGGACCUUGACUUAUCAAUAAUAUUUAUUCUAGUUGUAAAUCUAAGGAGUAAAUAGGCGCGGCCGGUGGGUAGCCCAUUAGAUGUAAAGCCACCUAGUGUCCGACUUUAACCGGAGAUUUAGGUAAUCGUUUAAUCUUAAGGCUCCUUCUUUUUCGUAAGGACAGACCCGCGGUCCGCGGCCAUCCCUUCGGGUCGCUUUGCAAUCGAAUUCGUACCAAAAAGGUGGGAAAAAAAAAAAUAAAUAUCCGGGGGGUAACCCUUUACCCCCCAGGGCGCCCGGGGACGCGGAUUUAGGUGGGAUUUCGGAACGGCAGCAACACGCACUGGGGUAAUCACGUUCGAUGGGAGGACAAUUGCCGGGUUAAUGGAAAGAAAAGCUAGGGAAAAAUGAAAAACAAGAAAGAUGAUCGUAAUUUAUUAAUCGAAUCGCGUUGUUAAUGGGGUAAUGGAACCAAAAUGUCUGACCUUGAGAAGAGUGUAAUUAUUAGCGUAUUACGAAUCAUUAAUGUUGAACCGUAAUAAGGCCAAGCAGAUUUAUUAGGUUUUAAGUCGAUUCUUUAAGCACACGAAGCAGCUGCGAUAUUAUCGGUCCGCUAAUGGAGGACGAAGAUUACCGAGGCUCUUCCACGGUUUUUACAAAUUCGUGAAAUAACUCCGGCGAGGGCCAACCCGAUCGCCUAUUCGUUGGCGUAAAACGAGAGGGGAAAAAAAAUAGAUAUGACAAAUUAAGAGUCGACGGGCAAUUUUUUUCUUGUUUCGGAAAAAUGCCUCGGGUCGAGCCCUCGCAGCAGCUUUAUGGAUUUACGAAAGAUCUCACCGUGGUAGAGUUUUUUCUUUUUCUUUUUUUUUUCUUUUUACCCUCCGGGACACGUUUCGUGUCCCUUGACGGCCGAUAAGAGGAGUAGAAUCCAUUUGUAAAUAACUAUCAAUGUUUUAACCGUAGAUCGUUUCCCGGUUGGAAAUUGUCAUUCGGUGGAUGAAGGUACACGCUUAACGAGAGAAAAGAAAAAUGAAAGAUAUGUAAGGGGAGGAAGAGGGUAGACGAAUUUUGAAAAUUUUUUACUCUAAAGAGACCUUGCGAAGAGAUUUAAUUGUACUUUAGCGCCCGCCCGUCUCUUUUUUUUCUCUCUCCUUAUUGUUUACGUAGCAACGGGCGGGUCGUUUUCUUUCUCUUUUUUUUUUUUUCGUCUACGGAUAUUUUUUUUUUGUCUCCUUUCGUUUCCUCUUUCCGAUCAUUUCUCUGAGAUCGCGGUAUUUAAUUUUACCCUCCGGCGAAUCACCGUAGUGGCGAGAUGAGGAAAAAAUAUUACAAACGAAAACGGGUUCAAGAUAUAAACUUUCUUUAGAAUAUAUACAGUGAGAGUAAGAUCGAAAUCUAAGCGGACGAAUAGAGAGGGAGAAAGGGAUGGAAUACGUGCACCAUGCAUCCUGGUAUUUUAAGGCAAAUUAUUUAUAUUUAUAUAUAACUAUAUAUAUAUAUUCGAUCAAGUCCUUGGGCGUAAACGGCACGUGCGUAUGACGGUAUCGCAUGCGUGCAUACGCAUGCGUCGAGACAGGUAUAGUUUCUAAAUAUCUCUUAACGAUAAAUUAUGAUAAUUAAUAUUUUCAAGAGCUUUACAAUUCUCGCUCCGUUACCGGUCGCUCGCUUUAUCUCGAUUUUUUACUUCCACGUGUUGCCCGUUUCUCUCUCUUGUUUCCAUGCCGCGCGUCACAUAGAUCGUAGGUUUUUCCGAAUAUAUAUAUAUAUAUAUUUACGUACACGCAGGUACACGCAUAUUAAUAUACACGCGUACUCGGAUCUGUUUAUUAGUUUAAUCGUGCAGCGCUUCCGCGGAUCCGCCCAACUUUUUACUCUCGCUAAUAGUUUAGCGACGUCGCCGAAGCCAGAUCUAUUUUAGGUCGUUUAACGAGUACAAUAGUUCUUUUGUCCCCCUUUCGGUGCCCGUAGCGAGGUGUAGAGGACCUCCGAAAGGAUUUCGCUUAUCCAGGAAUGAAAAUUCACGAUGUACCUAAAGGGGAAUUUCUGUAGUGUCGUUGUCGGACACUGCGCGAACAAUUGCGGAACAAUGAUUAGCUGGCCGAUAAGCGUCGGUGCACAUUAUCUAUCGAGUAUCUGGCGUCUCUUAUGUAUCAUUAUAUUUGGCCAACUUGCACGGAUUCGAUGUGCGCUUAUCAAUUGGACGACUUAUUUACCUGGUUGACCCGCAGAGUGAAUGUACCGUUCAUUAAUUAGAUGUUAACUAGAGGUUCGUUUAAGUUACGAGUAUUCUUAGUAGUACGCUUAGGGAUAUUCCAGGAGACGAUUAAACAUCCGGAUGUAUGCUCGCUUAUGUUCAUAGUGGACGUUACUAACAUCUGCAGGAUAUUGCUUGGACGGCGAUCGAGGAGGGAAGUUUUUUUAUGGGAGGUUCUCCUCCUCUUUCCCAUCCAUUGGAAGGCACUGCGGAUGUGUUUCGUGCUAUACAAGUAGCAAGAUUAAUUUCACACGGCGUUGUAUGUUGUGGCCAGGCUAUGAUCGUGAUCUCUGAUAGGACACCCGAAUUCGAUAUGUGGAAACUACGUUUUUCAAGGUCCGAGGGAAAUGGUCUCCUCUCUUCGUGGGGGGUCUUCGUCUUUGGGGCGAUGCCCCAAAGACGGGGUGGAGGCUUGCUUCGAAAUCCGCGAGGGAUAUCAUCGGGAUUAAAAGACAGUUUUUACCAAAUAAUUAAUGUUGUUGAUAAGAUGUAUAAGGGAUGAGAAUUUGGAAUGUGAAAUUAUAUUUCCUUGUAAUUCUAUGCCACGUUUAAAGAUUUGCUCAUUUUUAGCUUAGAUAAGUGUAGAUAAUGCAUUCAACAAUAGCUCAGACUCGAUAUCCGCAUGUGCCUCUAGUAUAGUCGCCAUUUUAAUUACGAGAUGUGGAAAAUAUCCAAUUUCCUUAUAUAUUCGGAUUUUCAAUGUACGCUUGUACCGAUUUCUUGCACGUUAUCCUCGAAGUAAGGGAUCGUUGCCGAGGGCGAUUAAAUGAUUUAAUUGCGCAUUAAAUCCACUCUAUUGCGAGGUUUGUCAUUUGUUUAUCGUCCUGGGUGGGAGCGAUGGUCUCAAGGGAUUUUUUAUUUGAUCUGGCAAUUCGUGCGGGGUUUAUCGAUAUAUAUAUGAUGAAAUUGUAACGAGAGUAACAUUGUGGCAAAAUUCAGCUGGGAAUGUAUUAACAAACUGCUUCCGAUCGUUCUUAUUAUUGUUUCACAUUUGGGAGGCUCAUUAUCGAAACGCAUCUUGAAUUGUCGCGAUGUCUUUCGGAGGCAUCGGACGUUGUUAACCCCGAGAUCUUUUGUCGAAUUAUUAAUUGCAAUUUCCCCGGUGUCGGGUAAUUGAUUUUGUUAUCGCCUUUUGUUUAUUAUCCAAUGUCCUAUGUGAUCGCAUCCACAGCCAGAAACUGUUCGAGUUUCCCGCUGAGUGGACGAGCAUUCCUCGUCUCAGCCGAGAACUUUCGUUUCUAGGAGUAUCUAAGAAGAGUUACUACCACCUAUUAAUUAGGUAUAGGAAGUUAACGCGAUUAACGUUAAGAGGAUAGAUUUAAAAAUCGUCAGCUUUAAGGUGUUAACGCCGCUGAGGAGGGAAAAUCCGAGUAGUUACUUAAGUGUGAAUUUCGGAGCGCCGAUCGAUGUUUAACUCUUAUCACUGUAGUUACGAGGUUCUUAACGACUAAGUUAAAUUAGGCGAGGAAAAAGUACAUAGAAAUAUAUGAUUGUUCCACUUUA